AUGUUAAUACUCGUACACUGUUUGAGUCUACUGAUUUUUCAACUAUUGAAACAUAGAAAGCGGAUAAAAUAUCUACAAUCCAUCGAAAACAAUAUAAAAAUGGCUGAACAUCAAGCUUUAGUAGCCGAAAGCAAUAAAGUGGAUUUAGAAUAUAAUCUGAAGUUUGACCCUCCCGUGUAUCGACAAAGGUAUGCAAAGGUAUAUGAAACUCUUAUAGAUGAGAGAUGGCGAAAACAGAUCAAAAAAUUAUGUGACUUUGGCUGUGCUGAAUUCGGACUUUUCAUGUUCAUCAAACAGCUGAGUAGCUUGAAUGAUAUUCAUUUCAUUGAUAUAGACGAAGAAACCCUGAGAUAUAAUCUGAGGAAAAUAUAUCCCCUCACUAUUGAAUAUCUGAAAAGGAGGGAGGAACCAUUAGAAGUGAACAUUUUUGCUGGUAGUGUUGCAGAUCCUGAUUAUCGUUUAUCAAACAUGGAUGCAGUGAUUGCAGUUGAAUUAAUCGAACACUUAUAUCCUGAUGCAUUAGAUGCCUUGCCUUAUAAUAUCUUUGGGUUUAUUGAACCAAAGAUAGUUAUAAUCACAACCCCAAAUGCUGAUUUCAAUGUUCUGUUUUCCUCAGACACCAAGAGAAUGAGGCAUUAUGAUCACAAGUUUGAAUGGACCAGGGAGCAAUUUAGUCAAUGUUUCAGUGAAAUCAGUGAAAUCAUCCACAUAUUAGAGGAUCACUCAUCACCUCAACAAGAACAGCAAACUGAGCAGCCAGGGGCAACCACGACCAUCCAGCCAUCUGUUGCCCACUAUACCAAAACCGCCCAGCCAGCUGUUGCCCAACCAAUUUCGAGCAAACCGAUUAACACCGCCACCAGACCCAACACCACCCAGAGAGUUACAAGACCCAGCAAUGUCUUUGGAGAUCUGGAUAAAGAUCUAGACAUAAUUCUUCGGGGGUGCGCAGCCAACUAG